GAGCACAACGAUGAAGGGGUUGCGGCCUUUUCUUUUAGCUGCUUCUCCCCUAUAGCACGUCGUGACACACUCUCUGCUGACGAACACAUCCACCUAUCUAUCUGUGUAUAACAGCCUGACACACUGCAGUCGAUGCAGUAGGCUGAGACCUUUCUAGCAAACGUUGAAACACACACACACACACACACGCAAGACGCGAAACACAAACAUCAGUAAUAUCUCGUUUUUGUUUGUGUAUUUGACUUCAAGAAUGUCAUCGGACAGCGACGACGAGGAUAGCCCGAUGCUGCGGCAGGCACACGCCAGCGUGGAUUGGAGCCGCGUCAACCACAAGCUGGCGAACCUGCCCACACUCGAGAAGCUCCUGCGCGAAAAGAACCCGAACGCGCACUCGCCGCAGGCGGUCGAGGAGGCGUCGCACUUUGUGCGUGAUUUGAUCGCCAUGAACCCGCAGUCGGACACCGACGUGGAGAGGGCACAGCGAAGACUCCAGAAGAAGUACCACAAGGUGUUUAAGAAGUCGCUGCUGCUUGCCGGGUACAAGCAUCUCGUUUACACCGCCGCCGCCCUUGCAGCGGAUGAGGCAACCAGCGACCAGACCUCCAGCCCCGUGUUGAAGGAUAUGGAGGACACGGUGACGACUGCCUCUCUCGGCCCCUCUCCCUCCUCUCCCUCCCCCUCCGCUGCCACCGCUACACCUCCUAGCAGUCCGACAAGCCUCGCCGCGCUCGUCUGCCCAGUGCUGGAGCGCUACCUCGUCUCCAAGGCUCCCCGCAGUCAGUCGGGUGUGCUGGUGGUCACCGUCUUCACCUCGCCCUACCCGGAUGGGCAAACCUUUAGCUGCCAGUGGAACUGCUACUACUGCCCGAAUGAGCCCGGGCAGCCGCGCAGCUACCUGUUGAAUGAGCCGGGGGUGCGCCGUGCGAACCGCCUGGAGUUCGACCCGUGUCGUCAGUUUGAGGAUCGGGUGCACUCCCUGAUGGCGAUCGGCCACCCGGCGGACAAGGUGGAGCUGCUCGUGCUGGGCGGCACGUGGGAGAGCUACCCCUUUGCGUACCGCGAGCGCUUUAUACGCGACCUCUUCUACGCUGCGAACAUUCUCUUCGACCCCCCGCUCGUCCCGCGGCGGCCCCCGCUCGACAUGCUGCAGGAGCAGCUGAUGAACGAGUCGGCGCGGUGCAAGAUCAUCGGCGUGACGCUCGAGACGCGGCCCGACACGAUCAACUCCGCGAUGCUCGUGGAGCUGCGCCGCUUUGGGUGUACCCGCGUGCAGCUCGGUAUUCAGCACACCGACGACGGUAUCUUAACGUUGGUGAACCGCCAGUCAACGCGCGAGGACGCGGCGAGUGCGAUAAAGCUGCUGAAGGACAGCUGCUUCAAGGUGGAUAUCCACCUCAUGCCGGACCUGCCUGGUGCGAGCCCGGACAUCGACAAGGCGAUGUUCGAUGACGUGCUGAACUCCCCGUACUUGCAGGCGGAUCAGUGGAAGAUUUACCCCUGCCAAACCACCCCCUUCUCCGUCAUUGAGCAGUGGUUUAAGGAGGGCAAGUACCACCCCUACGGGCUCGAGAGUUUGAUCGACGUGCUGCUCUACGCAAAGGUACGCGUGCACCCGUGGAUCCGCAUCAACCGCGUCAUACGCGAUAUCCCAGUCGACUACGUGCUGGCGGGGGUGGAGGUGACAAAUCUGCGGCAGCUGCUGGCGGCGAAGCUGAAGGAACGCGGCGAGCGGUGCCGCUGCAUCCGCUGCCGCGAGGUGAAAGGAGACAAGCACGUGAGCGAAAAGUUGAAGUGUGCGGUGGUAAGGGAGCGCACGUACGAGGCGAGCGAGGGCACGGAGGUGUUCCUCUCCGUCGAGGCCCCGACAGAGGACGAGACGGUUUUUGGCUUCUUGCGCCUGCGACUGCACAUCCGCCACUGGGACACCCCGUUUGCCGAGCUGAGCACGUGUGCGCUGAUCCGCGAGCUGCACGUGUACGGGCACUUGCUGCCGGCCUACACCGCCACAAAUGGGAGCUGCGAUGCUGUCACCACUGCUGCUGCCCCAGCUGCGCAGCACACCGGCAUUGGCCGGCGCCUGCUGGAGCGCGCAGAGGCCAUCGCGACGGCGGCGGGCUACGCGAACAUCGCCGUCAUCAGCGGUGUCGGCGUGCGAGGUUACUACAGGCGUCACGGCUACCGUUUGAUGGCGGCGCAUCGUGGAGGUUUUCUCAUCAAGUCGUUGCCCGGAGAGAACGGCACGGCUGCUGCGUCCCUUUCUUCUCCUGUCUCAGCAACGUCGGCGUCACCGACGGCGUCAACGUUUUCGCUUUCGCGCGACGCUGACUUAAUUCACCGCCUCACUCUUAAGAGAAACGAUGCUCAGAGGGUCGGCGCCUCAUUGACCAUGGCGGCCACAGUGGCACGUGCGGGCGUGGCGCUGCGCACACACGCGCUGGAUCUGUACUGCCAGGUGCGCCGCCGUGCCGUGACGUGGUGGGCAGGGCGAAAGCGGAGUCGCGGGGAGGACGCGAGCAGUGUCGAGGAAGGGUGA